AUGCCUGACGAUCCUUCUGGUUCUAAACGACAACGUGUCAGCAAAGCUUGUGAACAAUGCAGACGAAAAAAAGUGAAAUGUGACGGGGCGUUGCCUCUGUGUGGCAAUUGUGUCGCUUUGCAGAUUCAAUGCACGUACAAGGAGUCUACUCGAAAGCGUGGGCCUCCCAAAGGAUACAUUGAAGCCAUUGAAGGACGAUUACAUCGAUUGGAAGCACUAUUAGGCAGUAUAGUGCAAGAGGGCGAUCCAAGAUUUCAAGCUGUUAUGAACGAAUUGAAUGCACCCUUAGAAACGGCAUAUGGAGAACUUGUACGACCUCGACCUAUGCAACGGGCAAUGAUUGCUGGUUUUGAGGAGCCGGCUGAUAUGCGCAACGUGGAGGAGAUGCACCGACAUCACAAUGAUCCUGGCAAGAUGGCAACAGUGGAUUCAGUUAACGACAACAUGUGCAAUGUAUCUAUUGAUGAAAGUGGCCAAUUGCGAUAUUAUGGCAGAUCAUCGGGAUUCUAUAUGCUUCAAGGCAGCAAGAACUUCCACAAUGGUUCAUUUCAAUUUAGCUCUGGUGGACAAGAAGCAGCUGCUGGUGGGAUUAGAGUGGAUCCUUUUGAGAUGCCCCCUGAAGAUCUUUCCAAUCAUCUGCUUGAUUUGUAUUUCAAGUAUUUCUAUCCCCUCAUACCGUUGCUACACAAGAAAAAGUUCAUGCGCUCGCUCAACGACAAGAGUAACCCGCCAUCACCUUUGCUGUUAAAUGCAAUAUAUGCAGUUGCAUCACGUGUCUCAUCCGACUCUCGUGUGCGUACAGAUCCUGAUCAACCCGAUACAGCAGGCGAAGUCUUUUUCGAACGUGCUCGGCUACUUCUUGACCUUGAAUUCAAUAACUUUCGCAUAUCGACGGUGCAAUCCCUGUUACUUAUGAGCAGUCAUCAAAAUGGUGCAUUAAGACCUACUCGAGGAUGGAUCUAUAGUGGCAUGGCAUUCCGCAUGGCACAAAAUCUGGGAUUGCACAGGAAUUGUGACACAUGGAAUUUAUCUGAAGAGGAGAAACAAGAACGUAAACGAACAUUCUUUUGCUGCUUUGUCAUUGAUCGACUUACAUGUGCAAUGCAUGGCCGUUCACCAAUGAUCGAUGAGCGUGAUUAUGAUACACCAUAUCCGACUGAGAAUGACGAAGACGAUAUCGGUCGAACACCACGCAUUAUGGAGAACUUUACUCAAUUGAUUCGACUUUGCGAGAUUUUGGGAGAUAUAUUGCGUGAUUUGUACAUGGUCAAAGGAAGAAAACAACUCUCAGUGAUGGCUACUCCGGAUAGCGUUAUUUCAACAUUGGAUCGAGCACUCAACCAGUGGAUGGCCAAAUUACCACCUUCACUACGCUAUCGUCCUCCCAACACUCGAUUAGCAGAAACUGCACCAGCGCCGGCGUUGGAGACUUGUCAGCUGCACAUGCUCUUUUACACAACACUGAUAUUAUUGCAUCGACCAUUCAUUCCAGGUUCAACACAAAACAUUGCACCAUCUGUUUAUCCCUCUGCAUCGAUUUGUACAUUUGCUGCCAACAAGAUCCUCGAUAUUGCAGAAUCAUUGCUUGCUGAAGGACGUCUCACAAGCGUCAACAAUUAUACGCUCUAUUUCAUGUUCACGGCUGGUGUUAUCUUUAUCUACAAUGCACAAUCCACGGAUAGCAUGUUUGCAUUUGAGGCCAAGAUUAGUAUCAACAAGCUGAUGCGAGCUAUGGAUGAGAUGGAAAAAACGUGGAUUACAUCAGCUCGACAUUGCAAUAUCCUUGGCGAACUUGCUGGUCUUCGUGAAAUCAAUCUCAGUGGCAUUGAUGAUAGCUAUAGCAGGAAAGCUUCAGAGUCAAAGUUACAAGUGGCGCCCGCCUCCAUUGCAGUGCCUAAUUCACCCAUCAUGGAAUCUGAACAACACAUACACGAAGGCAUGGAUGAGAAAUACAGCAACUAUUAUUCUGCUCUUGAUGGUCAAUCACCCCCACGUCCUGUUGAAUCACCUCCUCGCAGCUUUAACCCCCAAACAACUGAACCACAACAAUCACAAACAAUACCUUUGUCUGCGCAACAACCACCACUACAGCAACAACAAGAUCAACAACAGCCAGGUGCAUACGAUCCCCUUGGUACUGCGUUUUGGGGUAUUCCGACUUCGUUUGAUUUGGAGGAAUGGAAUAUCUAUUUGCAACAGCAACAAACAUCAAACAACACUGCCAUGAAUGGUCAAGAAAAGCAACAAUACUGGUAG